UUCAAUGACGUCGAUCGUACACUGGGUUCGCUGUAUCGCCGGGGUGGACAGUAUAGUUACUUCAACAUGAAAUGGAAUAAAAUGCCGCAGAUUCAUGUAAAUAGAGACGUCACCUCAGCGUAAUUAAUUACUGCUUCGUAAUUAAGACCUUAAGACAUUAGGAGCACGUGUUGACUGGCCUAUUUUCGAGUUUUUAUCAGCAAUAUUUCAGGGAGAGCAGCGCCCCCCCCCCCCCCUCACCGCAGCAGCUGCAGGGGAGUUUGUCACUUUUUCCUUGUUAACCAAACGAUGAACUGAGGACCUCCACUUCUCAACAUCACACAUCUCUUCAUCACACUCUUCGCUCUCGAGGCGACUGCAGCUUCCCCACACCUGGCCAGGGAAAUGUGUGUGCACGUGUCCUCGGAUGCAUGACUGUGUCGGAGUGCUUUUGGGCUGAAGUAAGCGGUAGAAGACUGCACUUCCUCUCACACCCUCUGAGAGGCGUUUCUCUCCACUUGACUGACAUUUGUGUCCACGACUGCAAAGCAUCAUGGGUAGGAAAAAGAUUCAGAUCCAACGGAUCACCGACGAAAGGAACAAGCAGGUGACAUUCACAAAGCGAAAGUUUGGCUUGAUGAAGAAGGCCUACGAGCUGAGUGUGUUGUGUGACUGCGAGAUCGCUCUGAUCAUCUUCAACCAUGCGAACAAGCUGUUCCAGUAUGCCAGCACUGACAUGGACAAGGUCCUGCUCAAAUACACCGAGUACAACGAGCCUCACGAGAGCCGGACCAAUGCUGACAUUAUCGAGACUUUGAGGAAGAAAGGCUUCAACGGGUGUGACAGCCCAGAGCUGGACGGGGAAGACUCGAUCGACCAGAGUCCCCUGAAUGAUGACAAGUACCGUAAGACCACAGAGGACCUGGAUGUCCUCUUCAAGCGCUACGGGCAGUCCACCGCUCCGUCCCAGACCUUCUCCAUGCCAGUCACAGUGCAGGCGUCCAAUCAGAGCACACUGCAGUUCAGUAACCCUGGCAACUCACUGGUAACUACCUCCUAUGUAACAUCAUCAUCGCUCACGGAUACUCACCUCCUGUCGCCACAGCAACCGGGUCUCCAGAGAAACACGGUGUCUCCUGGGUUGCCACAGCGACCAGCCAGUGCAGGUGCUCUUCUUGGAGGCGAUCUGAAUCAUUCAAAUGGAGGAUGCCCAAGUCCAGUCCCUAAUGGAUACACCAGUGCCAGGGCCUCCCCAGGCCUCCUCACCGUUUCCAACGGCAACAGUCUGGGGAAAGUAGUUCCGGCCAAGUCGCCACCCCCACCUCCGAGCCCCCAGAUGGCCAACAGCCGCAAGCCAGACCUCCGAGUCAUCACCUCGCAGGGCGGGAAGAGCCUCAUGCAGAUGACAGAGGAGGAGCUGGAGUUGGUAAACGAGAACGCCCAGCGGCUGGCAGCAGGAGUGCAGGCCGCUCAGAGCCUCAGCACGCCCGUGGUCUCCGUGGCAACGCCCAGCCUGCUGGCUCAGGGUCUGCCCUUCUCCGCCAUGCCCACCGCGUACAACACAGAGUACCAGCUGACCAGCGCAGACAUCACUGCUCUACACGCUCUGGCGUCUCCUGGCGGCUUGCUGCCCACCAGUGUGUCGUCAUGGCAACAGCAGCAGGUUGUUUCCCAGCAACAACAGCAACAGCAGCAGCUACAGCAACAACAACAGCAGCAACUAAGUCUUGCCUCCCUCAGCAACUUGGUCAUGUGGGGCGUGGACAAACAGAGCGAUCUGUGUAGCCAGGUGUCCAGUCUGGCUGCCAAUCUGAGUGUUGGCUCUCCGUCCAACCUGCUCUUGGGUAGAGAUGAGUGGUUGGGCCGGCCGGUGACGCACAUACCUCAAGGCGCCAUGCUGACCGUCAACACCAACUCCUGUGUGAGCAUCAAGUCGGAGCCCGUGUCCCCGGGGCGGGACCGCAGCACCCCCUGCCCCCCUCCGUCUUCAUCCAUGCAAUCCUCCACCUCAGGGGGGGCCAUCCUGAGUGCUCCCCCCCAGUACCCGGGCUCCCUGCUGUGCCUGGAGCCGCCGACCGGCCGCUCGCCCGCCGACAGCGUCAGCAGCAACGCCAGCUCCUUCGAAGGCAGCGACCGCGACGACACCGGGGCAGCUGGUGGAGGAGGGGGGGGGGGCAGCGCGGCCGGUGCUACAGGAGGCGGGGGUCCCGGCGGACGCCCCGACUUCAGCCCCUCGGCGGAGCUCCUCAGGGCGUCGAACGAACCGGAUCAGGAGGGAGGAAACAUCAAGCGCAUGAGAUUAGACACCUGGGUCACAUAGAGCCGCUCUGAACCCACUGUGGAGUUCUGGUGACACUUAGACACACACACACACACACACACACAUCCUUUACACCCCCACUGCCCCCACCUCACUGCCAUGUGACACUAUUAUCACACACCUGCCUCUGUCCAAAAUUAUACAACUCAGCUGCGUCUUUGCCAAAAAAACAUUUUAAAAAUCUAAAAGUAAAUCAGCUGGAUGUCCCGUGUAGAUCCGUGAAGAACGGACGGUAGGUUUUUAAAGACUUCUUGCUUGAAUGGACUUCGUAGUCAUUUGUUUUGGUAGAAAAUGAGGUGUUGAACUUUUUCUUUGUUGCAAUCUGACAAAACCAUGCAAACAUUAAUCUCUCACAUGGUUUCACCUUCAUGUAUUUACAUAGACAUUGUUCACGGUGGCGUGUAGUCAUUAUGGGACUUGUACGACUCGCCGCUUCUCGCUCUUUGAACGUCGCUCGGAUCGUGUGCCGUCCAUCCUUCCAUUAGUCACCUCCUAACUGCACUUUUGGAUAGAACUUAAUCUGGACACGUUUUGAGGACUGAGCAUCUAUCUGGCACUGAGCAAACAGAUGCAACCAAGGAGUUCCCGGUGAAGAUGUAUCACUCUUCCUUACGCUGCCACAUUUUCGACCACAUCCCCCAUGGCAGGCCCGAGCCACAGGGGGGACAGAGAGCAGCUUGCCAGAGUGCCAACUCCCCCCCUCUCCUCGACAACAACAAAUGCCUCUCGCACACGAUGCAGUGGCUGACGAAAGAUCACUGUCGAGGACACGAGAACUAGAAACUGAUGAUGCUUUUCAGACGUGGCCGUCGCUCCCCCCCCCCCCCCUACUCUCCUCUCCAGGAUGGAAGUUGUUGCACCAGAAAUCCAGCCAGCCGCCUGGCUUAUCACCAGGAAUAGAUGCCAUCCUGUUAAAUGCAUAGUAGUUAUUGGAGCCUCUCUUUUUGUAGGUAGGGAAAGUCUUUGGGUCUUUCAGUCCAGGUGUUCUUUAUCUGUUGGUAUUUGGAGUAAAAAAAAACUUGUUUUGAAGGUCCUUUAGUUGUCCAGAAUAGGAAUUCUGACUUUGUAUAAAAAAAUCACUCCUUAUACAAAAGCUUUGAUGUCCUCUUUAGCUCUCUCUAGCUCUCCUCAGCUCUUCAAAAAGUGAAAAGGAGAAAGACAUUUUCUAUAUUUCUACCGCUUCAGUUGGCGACAAAGUGAAAUAGCUUAUCAGCUUCAACCACGUGUAUGUACAGACGACUAUAUUUGCAUAGACUUUGCUAGGUAUCCCUAAAAACAAGCAAUGUGUUGAUUCUCAGUGGAUCUGUUUGCAUAUAUGAGUGUGACUUUGAUAUGUGGAGCUCCGGUGCAGGGGCUCCUCCACACUAGGUAGAGCUGUUGGGCCGACGUGUUUCAGUAAAACUAUUUUAUGCUAGUGUUGAUGGUGUGUGCACUUUGUCAUCAUAUUCUCCUUCCACACUUAUUUAAAAACCCACGAUCAAAGUAAUAUUGUCCAUUACCACCUGCCCAUCAAACCGUUCACUUAUAGCGUAGUUAGGAGAUAAAAUGCACUUCUUUGACAGAAUUUCCUCCAUAGACACAGAUUAUGCCUUUUUUCACUUUGAAAAGAAGUCAAGAAAUUGGCUACCAAGUGCUGUGUUUGUUUUUAUAGUAUGUUCUCUAGUUUAGUCGAAAACCAUUUCAAAGUUGUGUGUAUGAGUGUGUACAUGGGUUGUUCAUAGCCUACAAAUAGGAAGUUUCUCCUGACUGCUCGACCUUUUCUUUCCCUUGAGAGGAUGCUCAGACUGGCUGCUGUUUGUCGACUGUUAUUAUCUGCUUGAAGUGCAGAAGGUGGCUGCUUUUAUGAAUCGAUGCCAUUUGGUGCGAUAAGUCACAGCAGAGAGUGAAAGCAGAGUUUGAUGUCUCCACUGUGGGUUUGUGUUGAGACACAUUUUCACCAUCAUGUUGAGGCUUUCUAUGAUCAGGUCAUUUUUCCGUCCCUCGCUGACAGUGCUAUGGGUAGCUUUUUACUCUGCUAGUUUCAGGUUAGUACAGUUUUUCUUCUGUCAUUCAUCAAUUCAAACUCAUGCCGGAGAACAAUUGCCUCCUGAACCAUUUAUGGAGUAGUUCUGCAUUUUGGGAAACUUGCGAAAAUGCACUUUCUGAUGGAAAAUUCCAUUUAAAUAUCAAUACUGUUUGUGCAGUAAAUCAGUUGGCUAAGAAGGAAAUGGGAAAGUAUCUAGCCUGGCUCUGUCUAAAGGUAAUAACAUUUUUCAUAAAAUGUAUAUAAAUGAGCAUUUUCACCCAAUUUCCUUAUACCUUAUAUUCCUUAUAUUAUGAGUUGGAUGCACUGCUGGGAAUCAUUCUGCAAAUCCAUAGCACAGUAGCUAAUUUGGGCUAUUUAAAUGAUGUGACUACAAGGCUAAACAUGGACUUAACCAUAUUCUCAAGACAGAAUAUAGCAUCAAGUUCUUAAGACAACUUUUUUCACUUCACUUUGGAUGAAACAAUCAGUUAUUCACUGAGAUGGUGAUAGUAUUCUUGUUUUUUCAUUAUUUUUCAACCUUCAGACAGAGCCAGGCAAGCUGCUUACCCCUGUGUUCAGUCGUAAUGCUAAGCUAACUGGCUUCAUAUUUAACAGACUAUGCGUGGAGUCAAACUUCUCAUUAUACUGCAAAUGAUUUCCCAAAUGGAAAACUAUUGCUCUAAAGAUCCAAACUACCAGCUGUACCAGCCUUCAGGCAGAGCUAAUGCAUCAUUUUAUUUUUUCAAAAACUGAUUUGAGUGGAACUGUUUGUGGGUGCUGAUGGUCGACUGAGAUGUGACACCACACUGCAGGUUCUUCAUGUACAGAAAGGUUCUCUGUCCAACUCGCAGCUUAGUCACAAGACAAUCUAUAUGAGAAAUGACAACCUGCACCCUGUUACUCGUUGUGUACAAUGUUUUUUAGAAACUCACUAUUUUUGGAUUAAUUUGUGCUGGUGACAGUUCCAUUGUUUAUUAUUAUGAUAAUGAUAUUAUUAUGGAGCUUUUAUUUUAUUGCUAUUUUGUGUAGGAUAGUUUUUAUUUUCUCUUCCUUAUCAUGAACAUAUAGUACUGGUUUCAUUUUUUUUAUUUUCUCUUCCUUAUCAUGAACAUAUAGUACUGGUUUCCUUUUUUUAAAACAACUUGCUGAAAAUUGCACGAUCAGUUCUUGUGGUAUUAGCAAAUGCAAUGAAGGAAAUGCCAGUUAAAUGCUGCAAUUUUAAUUAAGAUAUAGAAUAUAUUUAUAAAAACGGGAAACAACUGAAAUUAGUAAUUCAUUAAAUUUGAAAAAAAUGUAAAUGCAUGGGAUACAGGUAACACAACGUAUGUUACGUACAGUAAUGAUACAGGACAUGCAUCACGGCUCAGAAUAAUGUAGCAUAUGAAAUACUAAAGAUGAAAUGUAUAGCUAAUAUAUUGUGUUGAGCUAGUCUGCUUUGGGUUUUUGUUGUAAAGAAAAUAUUUCUUUGUGUUUUUUGAGAAUGAUAUACAAUUUGUGUAUAUUUUCAUAUACAAAGUAUGCACUGAUAUGUUAUUGAAAUUCUAUACCGCUUUUACAAAAAAGUGUUUGUUGUACCAAAGUAUCCAAGUCCCUUGAAACCUUACCCUUUUUGCGUAUGUUUUACCGUAUUUUAUAUAUUAAAUAGACAAACUGAGUGAAAUGAA